CUUUUUCUCAUUUCGAAAGGGGAGGGAAGCUCAGACACUAUGGGUUGCGAAGUGGCGGAUGAGAUCAUGGCGGGAAGUGCUGAUUCUUCCGCUGGAAGAUCCAGAGGUCCGAGGCUCUUCAUUAAGGAAAUGGUUUUGAGAAACUUCAAAUCGUACGCCGGUGAGCAGCGCGUUGGACCCUUCCAUAAGAGUUUUUCUGCGGUGGUUGGACCCAAUGGCAGUGGAAAAAGUAAUGUAAUCGAUGCUAUGUUAUUUGUCUUUGGCAAGCGAGCUAAACAGAUGCGACUCAACAAAGUCUCAGAGCUAAUUCAUAAUUCUACCGAUCACCAAAAUCUAGAGAGUGCAAGUGUUUCAGUUCACUUCGAAGAAAUAGUUGAUUCGGAUAAUGGGGAAUAUGAAGUUGUUCCUGGAAGUGACUUUGUUAUAACCCGGGCUGCCUUUCGUGAUAACUCUUCUAAAUAUUAUAUUAAUAAUCGUGCAAGUAACUUCACUGAAGUUACCAAAAAAUUGAAGGGUAAAGGAGUUGAUUUGGACAACAAUCGCUUUUUAAUUCUUCAGGGUGAAGUCGAGCAGAUUUCACUGAUGAAGCCAAAAGCUCAAGGACCUCAUGAUGAGGGAUUCCUUGAAUAUUUGGAGGAUAUAAUUGGAACCAUCAAAUAUGUUGAAAUGAUUGAUGAGUCAAACAAGCAGCUAGAGUUCCUCAAUGAAAAACGUACUGGAGUGGUGCAAAUGGUUAAGUUAGCUGAGAAGGAAAGAGAUGGCUUGGAGGAUGUCAAGAACGAAGCAGAAGCCUACAUGCUGAAAGAAUUAUCACAUUUAAAGUGGCGAGAGAAAGCCUCUAAACUAGCUCAUGAAGAUACUACAAAGAGAGUGACUGAACUUCAAGAUGAAGUGUCCACCUUAGAAGCAAAUCAGAAAACUGAGCGGGAAAAGAUUCGUGAAACUAGCAAGGAACUGAAGGAACUUGAAGCUGUGCAUGAAAAAAAUAUGAAGAGAAAAGAGGAAUUGGAUGAUGACUUGCGAAGAACCAAGGAAAUGUUUAAGGACUUUGAACGUCAGGAUGUUAAAUACCAUGAGGAUUUGAAGCACAUAAAGCAGAAGAUUAAGAAACUUAAUGAUAAGUUUGAAAAGGAUUCUACGAAAAUUGACGACUUAAGAAAGGAGUGUGAAGAAUCAACAAGCUUGAUUCCGAAGCUUGAAGAAAGCAUUCCACAAUUGCAAAAACUUCUUUCAAAGGAGGAGAAUAUAUUGGAGGAGAUUCAAGAAAAUUCAAAAGUUCAAAUUGAGAUGUACCGCUCAGAGUUAGCAAAAGUUCGUGUUGAAUUAGAACCUUGGGAAAAGCAACUGAUUGAGCACAAGGGAAAACUUGAAGUCGCACGUACUGAGAGUAGACUAUUGACUGAGAAGCAUGAAGGUGAUCGUGUAGCUUUUGAUGAUGCUCGCAAGCAGAUGGAUAACAUACUGAAAAGCAAAGAAGAAAAGUCUUCUAGCAUUGAACAAAUUAAAAAUGAGCUUAAAGAGAGAAAGUUGGAAUCCUUGAAAGCUCAAGAAGAAGAACAAGAGUGCAUCAAGGAACAAGAAACACUUAUUCCUUUAGAACAGGCUGCUAGGCAGAAGGUUGCCGAACUUAAGUUUGUUAUGGAUUCAGAGAAAAGUCAGGGAUCGGUCCUUAAAGCAAUUUUGAAGGCGAAGGAAUCUAAUCAGAUUGAGGGUAUAUAUGGGCGAAUGGGUGAUUUAGGUGCUAUUGACGCAAAGUAUGAUGUUGCGAUAUCAACCGCUUGCCAUGGACUUGAUUAUAUUGUUGUGGAAACAUCUGGUGCUGCACAAGCAUGCGUUGAAUUGUUGCGAAGGGAAAAUCUUGGUGUUGCAACUUUCAUGAUAUUGGAAAAGCAGGUUGAUCAUUUGUCAAAGAUGAAGGCCAAGGUUAGCACUCCCGAAGGGGUUCCUCGCCUUUUUGAUUUAAUUAAGGUACAAGAUGAUAGGAUGAAGCUUGCCUUCUUUGCUGCAUUGGGGAAUACAGUCGUUGCUAAGGAUCUUGAGCAGGCAACACGAAUCGCAUAUGGUGGUAGUAGAGAUUUUCGACGUGUUGUUACUCUUGAUGGUGCCUUGUUGGAGAAAUCUGGAACCAUGAGUGGUGGGGGAGGUAUGCCUAGGGGUGGUAAGAUGGGUACAUCAAUUCGAUCUGCCAGUGUUUCAGGAGAAACGUUUGGAAAAGCUGAGAAAGACCUUUCAGAAAUGGUUGAUGCACUGAGCAAAAUUCGCCAAAGAAUUGCUGAUGCCGUGCAACGUCACCAAGUGUCAGAUAAAGCAGUGGGACAGUUAGAGAUGUCAUUAGCAAAAAGCCAACAGGAGAUUGACAGUUUGACUUCACAACAUAGCUAUCUUAAAAAACAAUUAGGUUCCCUUGAGGCUGCAUCGAAACCAAAAGAUGAUGAGCUCAAGCGAUUACGGGAGCUAAGGGAUAUUAUCUUGGAAGAGGAGAAAGAAAUUGAUAGACUUAUGCUAGGCUCCAAAACGCUUAAAGAGAAGGCUUUAGAACUUCAGAGUCAGAUAGAAAAUGUUGGUGGUGAAAGAUUGAAAGCUCAAAAGUCCAAAGUGAAUAAGAUUCAAUCUGAUAUUGACAAGACCGGAACAGAUAUCAAUCGCUAUAAAGUUCAGAUAGAAACAGGCCAAAAAACAAUUAAGAAAUUAACAAAGGCUAUUGAAGAAUCAAAAAAGGAGAAGGAACGACUUGACGAGGAGAAAAUUAAUUUGCAGGGUAAAUUCAAAGAAAUAGAAGUGAAAGCAUUUGCAGUUCAUGAGAAGUUCAAAGAGAUAGAAAAGCUUAUUCGUCUGCAAGAAGAAGUCUGCGACACAUCCAAAUCUAAUUAUAAUAAAGUGAAGAAGACUAUGGAUGAACUUAGGGCAUCAGAGGUUGACGCUGACUACAAACUACAAGAUUUGAAGAAGUUAUACAAAGAAUUAGAGCUGAAAGAGAAGGGUUACAGGACAAAGCUUGAUGAUUUGCAUGCUGCUUUAGCAAAGCAUAUGGAACAAAUUCAUAAAGAUCUUGUUGACCCCGAGAAACUUAAAGCAACUCUUGAAGAAGACAAUGUUGAGUGUUGCGACCUGAAAAGGGCUCUUGAAAUGGUAACGCUGCUGGAUACACAACUAAAAGAAAUGAAUCCGAACCUUGAUUCAAUCACCAGAUAUCGAAGAAAAGUGGAAGUGUAUACUGAAAGAGUCGAGGAUCUUAAUACAGUCACUCAGCAGCGCGAUGACAUGAAAAAGAAAUAUGAUGAAUUAAGGAAAAAAAGGUUGGACGAGUUCAUGUCAGGAUUUAAUGCUAUAUCUUUGAAGUUAAAAGAAAUGUAUCAGAUGAUCACACUUGGAGGCGAUGCAGAACUCGAGCUGGUGGAUUCUUUGGAUCCUUUCUCUGAAGGUGUUGUUUUUAGUGUCAGACCACCGAAAAAGAGCUGGAAGAAUAUUGCUAAUUUGUCUGGUGGUGAAAAGACUCUGAGCUCUUUAGCUCUCGUUUUUGCACUUCACCACUACAAGCCAACGCCGCUUUAUGUCAUGGAUGAAAUUGAUGCUGCUUUAGAUUUCAAGAACGUAUCAAUUGUUGGCCAUUAUGUGAAGGACAGAACCAAAGAUGCUCAAUUCAUCAUUAUAAGCUUGAGAAACAAUAUGUUCGAGUUAGCAGAUAGAUUAGUGGGGAUCUAUAAGACUAAUAAUUGCACAAAGAGCAUUACCAUCGACCCAGGAAGCUUUUCAGUUUGUGACAAAGUUGCUUGACAUUUUCCUUUUGGUUCUGAUAAUAUGUAUUGUAUUAUAUAUGUAGAGAAAAGACAAUUCGUCUUUUUUUGCAAUUUCGUUGUAUACCUCUUUACAUCAUGUAUUUAUGAUGGAAGUUUAAUGUAUGUCUUAUAUGUUAAAAUAGCAAUGAACAUUGAUUUUCAUAGUGGUCUUAGUUAGACAUGCAAAUAGUGAGUAAAAAACCUUGUAUCCCAACAUUCAGUUGUAUGUUCAUCGAUAUGAAAUUUGUAUUCUACCACCA